UUUGAAAUCGCCUUGACCGGGAAGUGAGCUAGAUUUCCGCUUUGUUCGGGAACUUGGGGCAUCGAGGCGCCUAUUACAGCCGCUUAAUAAUCUUUACACAGUAUAAACGGGUUAGCACCACGGAUUAAGAUAUGUUUUAUCAUAUCUCUCUGGAACAUGAGAUUCUCCUCCAUCCUCGAUAUUUUGGCCCAAAUCUGUUAAACACAGUCAAACAGAAGCUGUUUACAGAGGUGGAAGGCACGUGCACAGGAAAAUAUGGCUUUGUCAUUGCUGUGACUACAAUAGAUAAUAUCGGGGCAGGAGUUAUACAGCCCGGCAGGGGUUUCGUGUUGUACCCUGUCAAAUACAAGGCUAUUGUGUUUCGGCCGUUUAAAGGGGAGGUUGUGGAUGCAGUGGUCACUCAAGUUAACAAGGUUGGACUGUUUACAGAAAUUGGCCCAAUGUCCUGCUUUAUCUCACGCCAUUCUAUACCCUCAGAAAUGGAAUUUGACCCGAACUCCAAUCCUCCCUGCUACAAGACAGUGGAUGAGGACAUUGUUAUCCAGCAAGAUGAUGAAAUUCGAUUGAAGAUUGUUGGUACUCGAGUAGACAAGAAUGAUAUUUUUGCCAUUGGAUCCCUCAUGGACGACUACCUUGGUCUUGUUAGUUGAUGUGUCUGUCAAAGAGCAGUCAUCUUGCAAUAUGUUUGUACAUAUUUUUUUUCCUGCACUACCUUUUAAGCAGUGUAGAUCUAGAUUAGAUUUUUUUUUAUUAUUAUUUUUUCCUAUAGAACAUGUUUAAACAUUAUUUUUAAGCUGGACCCUCAAACAAAAUGGGAACAGAAUAUAAGUGAAGGAGUCUUUUAACUGGAUUUAAGAUCAGCACAGACAGUAUGCAAUAUUAUUGUGUUUGCCUUAGCUAUCUUGCACCAACUGAGGGUCUACAUAACUGGUCAGUAAAUGAAAGCAUUUUGCUUUCUAUGCAUUUUGAUGAGGAACAUAAAGAUAUUGCCAAGCUGUAUACGCUGCUGUUUGUUAAUGACUUCUUACAGAAAGCUGAGCCUACUUAUUUGCUAUACAUAUUCAGUCAUUAUAUUUGGUUUAAAUGCCCAUCUGAGAUGACUUCCAAGUGUUCAUCUUACUCCUGUGCUGUACCAACUAUACUGGCAUGCUUGUAAAUUGCAGUAUUUGGUGACUGUAGGCUUUCUGUAUGCUAGAAUACAUGAUUGAGUGUAUAUACUUUUAUAAACAGGUCUUGUGAACAUAA